GCGGCCAUACAGAAAUCCUUUUGCUCCAUCGAGCCGUUCUGUCGACCAAACCAACGAGAGGUUCAUAUCGAAACAGCGAGAGAAAAGGCUUGGUUGAAGUGCGAGCUCUUCUCCCUUCUCCCGGAAUCUGUAUUCUGGUGAUUCAAUUGGAUUUUUCACGAUGAUGACAGGGAUUCUCUUGCUGUUGUGGGGCAGUUCCAGGCUCGCAUUCCAUGCGGUUCACGCCUUCGUGUCACACACCGCGACUCGACAGCACCUGGCGUCGACGAAAUCCCGCUUCCACCAAAUCCCUAAGCCGGUUGCGCACUUGUUUUCGGCGGUAGACAACACCCCAGCGCUAGCGAGCGCCGCGGGGGGCGAGCGUUCCGCCGUCGACGAGGCACUCGUCAAGGAACAAAGAGCCAGGAGAAAAAGAGAAAAGAAGGCGGCCGCCGCCGCCAGGCGACGAAAAAAAUUCAUCGGGCUGGCCAAGGCAGUUGACCGGGGCCAGUUCAAAACAACAUACCGGCCGGGGGGAUCGGAUGGCGCAACCUUCGUCGCCAGGUCGGGCCUGCCGGAGGGCCACGACUCGAGGCCGUUUACGGUUCUGGGGAUCGAGAGCUCGUGCGACGACACAGGUGCGGCCGUGCUGCGCUCGGACGGCGUGAUUCUUGGGGAAUCGCUGGCCUCACAGGCCCACAUCCACGAGGAAUGGGGCGGGGUGGUGCCCGGACUCGCCAAGUCGGCCCACGAGGAAAACAUCGACAGGGUGAUUGACGAUGCCCUGAGCAAGGCCCAAACCACCAUGGAGGACAUCGAUGCCAUCGGUGUGACGGUCGGGCCAGGACUAGAGCUCUGCCUCAGGGUCGGGAGCCAGAAGGCCUGCCAGCUCGCAACCGAGUACAACAAGCCGUUUGUGGGCGUUCACCACCUCGAGGCGCACAUUCUCAUGGCCCGAAUCGAGAACCAGGAGGAACUCAGGUUUCCCUUUCUGGCGCUCUUGGUUUCCGGGGGCCACUGCCAAUUGCUCAAAUGCCUCGGAAUCGGUCGCUACAGUGUCAUAGGAGGAACCCUCGACGACUCUCUCGGAGAGUGCUACGACAAAACGGCGCGUCUCCUGGGCCUCCCCAUCGGCGGAGGAGGCGGACCGGCUCUGGAAGCCCUCGCCAAAGACGGCAACGCAACGGCGAUACCCCUUACCAUACCUCUGCAAAAACGACAGGAUUGCGACUUUAGCUACGCGGGGCUCAAAACAAACAUACGGCGGGCCGCGGAGCAGCUGGCCAAGGAGCGUGGUGCGGACUCCGUACCGGAGCUCUCGCACCAGGACAAGGCGGACCUGGCGGCCUCGUUCCAAAACAUUGCCAUCAAGCAUCUGGAGCAGCGCCUGGAACGUGCGAUGAAGGCCAUGGAAGACGAAAAGAUCGACACCCUGGCCGUAGUGGGCGGUGUAGCGGCCAACCAAGAACUCCGGCGACGGUUGCAGAGCAAGUGCGACGACAGGGAAUGGACGAUGGUCGUGCCCCCGCCCAGGUUGUGCACCGACCAGGGAGCCAUGGCAUCGUGGGCGGCGAUCGAGCGACUCCGACUGGGAAGUUCGGACGAUCCCUCGACCCAAGACAUCUACGCGAGGUAUCCGUUCUCGUCGUACAGCAGCGCUCCGGAAGGAGACAGCGAAGGUGUAAAAUGAAUUUGUCUUAACAUUUGAAU